GAAGUCCUAGCUCAGAGGAUGUGGCUGGGGGCAUGGCAAGGAGCUGCCCUGAGCACACUUGCCUCCCUGUGAAGGUAUAGAGGUGGCAGUUCCUAUGUGGUGGGAAGAUUUCCCAUCCUGAUCUGAGACAGUGCAUCCAUUAAGGUUUGUAACUGAAGCCUGCAACCACUUUUUAAUGCCCUCAGCCUUCCAAGUUGAUAGCUUGGUUUAGAAGACAUCCUGUUGAAUUUGGACAAGGCAGGGGAAGAGUAAACCUGUCUGCCUCACAAAGCCUGAAGCGUUUGCUGCCAGUUGUGCAACUUCAGUUCUUCUUUCUGGUCUGGGAGGUAUAGACACGUGUGGCCGACCACGCUGUAGGAUCUCCAGUUCCACUGGCUUCGGACUUCCUCAGACCUUACGAUGCCGCCACCCGCAGACAUCGUCAAGGUGGCCAUAGAAUGGCCGGGCGCCUUCCCCAAACUCAUGGAAAUCGAUCAGAAAAAACCACUGUCUGCAAUAAUAAAGGAAGUCUGCGAUGGGUGGUCCCUUGCCAACCACGAAUAUUUUGCACUGCAGCAUGCUGAUAGCUCAAACUUCUACAUCACAGAGAAGAAUCGCAACGAAAUAAAAAAUGGCACAAUCCUUCGAUUAACCACAUCCCCAGCCCAAAAUGCCCAGCAGCUCCAUGAACGAAUCCAGUCAUCAAGUAUGGACGCCAAGCUGGAAGCCCUGAAGGACUUGGCCAGCCUCUCCCGGGACGUCACGUUUGCCCAGGAGUUUAUCAACCUGGACGGCAUCUCUCUCCUCACCCAGAUGGUGGAAAGCGGCACCGAACGAUACCAGAAAUUGCAGAAGAUUAUGAAGCCUUGCUUUGGAGACAUGCUGUCCUUCACCCUGACGGCCUUUGUGGAACUGAUGGACCAUGGCAUUGUUUCUUGGGACACAUUUUCAGUAGCAUUCAUUAAGAAGAUAGCAAGUUUUGUGAACAAGUCGGCCAUAGACAUCUCAAUUCUGCAGCGGUCCUUGGCCAUUUUGGAGUCCAUGGUGCUCAAUAGCCAUGACCUCUACCAGAAGGUGGCACAAGAGAUCACUAUUGGCCAACUCAUUCCUCAUCUUCAAGGGACAGAUCAAGAAAUCCAAACCUAUACCAUCGCUGUAAUUAAUGCACUUUUCCUAAAGGCCCCAGAUGAGCGGAGGCAGGAAAUGGCGAAUAUUUUGGCUCAGAAGCAACUGCGCUACAUCAUUCUAACACAUGUCAUCCGAGCGCAGCGAGCCAUCAACAACGAGAUGGCCCACCAGCUGUACGUUCUCCAAGUGCUUACCUUUAACCUUCUGGAAGACAGGAUGAUGACCAAGAUGGACCCCCAGGACCAGGCUCAAAGAGAUAUCAUAUUUGAACUUCGAAGAAUUGCUUUUGAUGCGGAGUCUGAACCUAAUAAUAGCAGCGGCAGCGUGGAGAAACGCAAGUCCAUGUACACACGGGAUUAUAAAAAACUUGGCUUCAUUAAUCAUGUCAACCCAGCCAUGGACUUCACUCAGACCCCUCCCGGGAUGCUUGCUCUGGACAACAUGCUGUACUUUGCUAAGCACCACCAGGACGCCUACAUCCGGAUCGUGCUUGAGAACAGUAGCCGAGAAGAUAAACACGAAUGUCCCUUUGGCCGCAGCAGUAUAGAACUAACAAAGAUGCUGUGUGAGAUCCUGAAAGUGGGCGAGCUGCGUAAGUACACUUGUUCCCAACAUGGGUGUGAAGCUUGUCAGGCACCCAGCUUCCAAGUGGAGUUCCCACUUACACAAAGUAUUCCCAAGGUGCCAACAGCUUUGUGAAUUGAUCACUGUGGAUCAGCUAUUCUCUGGUUUGGUUUCCAGUGUAUUUCUACAUGUCUACUCUGGAUAGAAUUGUUCUUAAAGCCUUCAGGAAUGAAGAAAUUUGCAAGUAUUGUGUCUGAGUGUCAAAUACUGGGAUGAAUACAUAUCAGAACAGCCUUGCUGCUGGUUAGAUUAAAAAAGAUCUGUGAAUUUCCUUCUUAAAAUUCCAGUCUAUUACCUACCAGUAGGUCAUUUUCUUUUCUUUCUUUCAAAAUGAUUUUUCUCUAUAAAGAAAAAUUGAAUACUUUAAUGAAAUUCUCUUGCUCCCAAUGUUUCUGUUGUUAGGAAUCCUUGCCCUAAGAAGGAAUUAUUGAAGAAAAUGGGUAGCUGAAAAUGAAAAAUUAGUCUUAUAGGCUUUGGGCUCUUUUUCUUACUUACAUUACAAAAUUUACAAAAGGACACCCAAAAAAGAGGUAAUUUUCUUGCCUUUUGCUCUUGCUAUAAUUUGGCUUUAACCUACAAAGGUAGGUAAGAUUUAACCUGCCCCUAACACCAUUGUCAAUGUUGACUCUCCUUAAAGUAGCUGACUUCCAUUCCCUCUGACAUCCAUAUAGCUGGUGCAAUGUAAAUCCUUCCUCUUGAGCUUAAUAAGGUGAGUACAAUGGAUGACUGCUUAUAUCAGGAAAACAUUGGAGUAUCUAGAAUUAUUGUGAAGAGCAUAAACGUGCAGCCAUCUGCUUGAGAGCCUAAAGUAUGGUCUGGAAUGACAAAUGGGAAGGAAUAUACUGAUUAAAUUGAAAAGGGAGUUGUGUUUUAUUUACAUUGUAGAGCUGAGUAUAAGGUCUGCUGAGAAAAACUACAUGAAUAUUUAGUACUCAGUAAAGAAAAAAACUAAGAAUUUGAGCCCAUUUGGCCAAGAGGAAGGUCUUAUCAGCCAGAAUGGGUUGGAAAAGAAGGUGACAUUAGCAUGGAACUGCCAUGAAAGAUCAUGAUUUAUAAGCCCCCACCCCAGAAAUUUGCAUUAGGAUGGUGGCAAUCUAACGGGGGUGGGGGGUUUCUGUGUUAACCUGCUAACCAAACAUUAGGAUUUUAAUUGACUGGGAUCUUUGGCAUGAGAUAUUUUCCCCACUUCUUAAUUACACUGACUUGUAGAGAUUUCCGUCUGUAAUAUUGUUUGCUGUUUAUUCAGCUUUAGUAUGUACAUUCUAAAUCAAACAAAUCCUACUGAAUCUCUCCAUCUGAUAACUGUUCAUUUUUAGCUCAGUUUCGUGGAGGAAAUUGUUGAAAGUCACUUGCUAAGAAGCACUUCAAGCCCAGCUGAGUUUUUCUAGAGUUGGAAAAUAGUCAUGUUCUUCUACACUGGGAUUUCUGUGUCAGGUGAUUGCCAUGCAUUGCCACUUUCUCGUCUCCCAAACCUUUCCACGCUCCCCUACAGCACACUUGCCAUUUGCUCCCAUCUUGAGGACAGCAGGAGAUACACUCCUGUGCAGUGACAUGCCAUACCCACCUUUCUUCUCCUGUUCUUUGCCCAGUGGAUGGGGAGAUAUGUCUAUCAUGCUAAAAGUUAACCCAGAUGGAUAAUAUGGUAUAGAAGUGUGCUGGCAAUAAAAGGGAGUUAGUUUCUCUCUCUGCCACUUAGAGUAAUAACUCAACAACUUCACUGUGUUCUCCCAGCCACACAUAUCCCCCUGGGUAGAGCAUUUAGAAGUGACUUUGUAUCAUUUGAGUAGCUGUCUUCAUUUUGUUACUGAAAUUGCAAAGAUAGCAAUGAGAGGAGCCCCUUGGGGACAGAUAAUUCAACCUGUGAGGACUGACUUUGAAAACAUGGCCCAAUUCCAGAGCAGGGUCAAUGAUGACCUCAUUUUGUCUGGAUGCUAUCCAGGGGAGCCCCAUCUGUUGGGCAAAGGGGAACCAAAGUGGCAGGAAUCUGAGCUUUCAGUUCUCUUCAGGUGAGUGUCCUUUUUGUGGUUGGGGCUGGGUUGAUGUGGAAUAGGAGAUAGGUUCUGAAUUCUGGCAGUGUAGAACAGCCUUGUGAGGACUCCAUAGUCAAUCUUGGAAGCAGGCCAGAACCCCACCCCUAUGCGCUGAGAUAGUAGGGUGAGAUGAAGGCAAAUACCUGGGGGAUCCCUAGUAAUGAUGCAUCCUUUCUUACACUGAAGCAUCCUCUAUCUCCCAUCUUCCAUUGAAGAGAUGGCCCUGCUACUCUGCUACAAGUCACUUAGCAUCCAUCCAACCUGUCUCUGCACUGAAGCUGGGCUUGGACAGCCAGGACUAGCAUUGUCAAGGCAAUUUCCCUGUAUCUGAGAUAACUGACACAUUUAUCCAUUUGUUCAGUACAAAUCUACUGAACACUUAAGUGUGUGUCAGGGGCCAUGAUACAGUUGAACCAGAUAUAGUUGAACUAGAUAUGGCCUCUGUCCCCUAGGACCUUCCAGAAAGCUUCUUGGGCUUCAGAAAGUGAAAGGAUGAACUAGGACUAAAAAAAAAAACAAACAUUUUCCUGACAGUUGAAAUUCAUUAUACCUUAAAAUAAAUGCUUAAUUACCUGUUUUAAAGCAUUUUUUUCUCCCCAAGCUUUUGAUAAUUUCAAGUUUAACUUUCUAGUUUGACCUCUUGCUCUCCUUCUUCUGCAAAGGCCAUUUAUGGACAUUUUUCAAGGCUUACAAAAAACUUUCACAUUUCUGAAGUCUACAUACCAAAAUGAGUUGUUUUCUGCUCAUAAAAGAUUAAAGGAUUGCUGCAUUCUGAUUGAAUGCUAGACAUCAAAUGAUAAAACACCCCAUGGUAAAAGGAAAAUUGCUUUUAUAAUGGAUUGCC